AUGAACAUCAAGCACUUUUGCAAAAAGAGGCAUUUCAGAUAUGUUGAAGCAAAAGAACUCGAAAUCGAACUACUGGGCUUCCUCGGCAACAACAAGUUCACAGAGGCUUACGAAUGUGCAUUCAAAGCGCGUGAAAUGUUGACAUCGAUGCCUGAAGAAAGGCGAGAAAAAGUUGCUAACCUGCCUGUAUUCCUUCGUCGGUUCUCCGCUUUUUGGGUUCUGACCAGAUGUGUAUCGCACGGAGCAGGUGUAUUAGAACGACAAAAGAAGUAUGCCGUAGCGAUCAGCUGGCAAAGAUUCCUACUCAAAACUCCCGCGUGGAGCAUUUGGAUCGUCGUGCCCUUAAUCAUCGAUGCCACAUUUUCGAACGGGAACGAAGAAGCAUUGCAGGAGAUCCGGGAAGGUAUGGAAGACGACGCUGUGGCGGAUAAGGACAAGCUCAUGCUUCAGGACCGGGCACUAAGAAUAUCUAAUCGUGAUUUUCUGGAGAGAAUAGUGCUUACAGAGCCGAUUAAGAGAUCUAUGGAAGAACGUUAUCUAAGAACCUUGGAAGAUUCGCGUAAUAAAUACGAUUCGUUUGAAAUAGACGUGCCGAAUAAUCACCUGGAGUUGAGUGUUCCUCGAGGAGUGGUAACGAAGCAUUACCUGGACAAAGAAGUUUUAAUAAUGGGAUGCAGGGCAUGUGUUCAUGCAGAAGGUUCAAUUUGGCAUACGGUACUGGGAUUGCUGUUCUAUGACAUUAUCUUUGAUCACAAUGUGAAUGGUGUGUGGCUGAGUGAAGUACAGACGAAUCCGAUCGACCUAAACUCUCGGGAUCUGUUUGAGAGUCGUCGAGAACGCUUCGAGGAACGAUUCUCGUGGCUGCAGAUGGCUACUGAUGAAGAAAUCGCCGAUGCCGUACGAAUCACAUGGAUCGCGACUAGACACUGUGGCAGAACAUCCGAAAUUAACUGGGUCUUUUCGAGGACAAAAUUCCUCUUCUGUUGUCCACGGUCGGGUUUGCUUGCGGUUUUGCGACGGAUAGUAACAGACUAUCGAAAUUGUCGAAGUGGAUUCCCAGACCUCACUGUGGUCGAGGUAAAAGGUCCAGGAGAUCGGCUCUCAACAAAGCAACGUCUUUGGCUAGACUUUUUCAUGCGGAACGAAAUAAGGGCUGAAGUCUGUCAUGUCAUUGCAAGAAGUGAUCGUGAACUGCGAUAA